UGACUAUUGUCCCAUCUAGACCAAAGUGUUUGUUUACAAACAAAGCUAAUUACACGACCAGUGUGGAUCUUGCAUGUUAUUGGGACAAUUUCAGUACGAAGGAAUAAAAAUAGUUUACUUCCGGUUCAUAGAUAUGAAUAAAUGAAAAUUAGAUACCUGUAAUUUACGUUAGCAGCCCUUUGCAAACCAAAUUGUAGCAUACUUUUGACAAAAAAAUUCAUAUUCUUGAAACUUGUGGAAUAAGUGAAAGGUUUCAUUUUCAGAGACAGACGCCCUUCUGGUGGAGUUCAUGGACCCGCGGCCCCCUGCUUACAGAACGGUGUCGGGCCAGAGGCACGGCGACCGGCCCGGACCUGCGACUGCCAGCAGCACGGAUGACGACAGCCUUCUGGACAUCGUGAUGGACGGUCGCGACGACCAGGGACUCCAUCGCCCCGGGGACGAGGAUGAGGAUCCGAACCA